AUGUAUUUCCACAGCCGCUGGGGCCAUUUAGUGGUGGUGGUGGCCUGGCUCACCCAAGUACUUGGCAGCGUAAACACUGCCACAGUGCCAGCAUCUAGAAGGUUUCUCUUCUUCCACCUUCAUCCAGUAUGCCUUGUGGUCCUCGCCUCCACGGCCUCUGCAUCCAACGUAACGGUAGCCGAUGUAAGUAGGAACUUGGUAUGGGUCCUUCAUGGUGCCUUUACCUUCGAAGAUUGGGUUUUCCAUGUCGAAAACAUCCACACCUUCCAUCUUACCCAACAAUUCGAAUCUUUCCAAACCAGUGGCUUGGUCCAAGUCGGUUGGGAUAGUUCCUGGCUUGGCACCAGGACCGAUCAAGGACGAGUCUGGACCCGUAACCUCGGACAACUUAAAGGCAGAUUUGGAUUCAACUUUGGUCGAUUGGGCCAAGAUUCUGCUGGUGGUCAACAAUCUGGACUGUCUGGCAGUACGAACAAGUGUACGAGAGAGCCUAAAUGUUAG